AUGCGCGUACACAGUAUCAUCUUUGUCCAUGGCCUGACUGGAGAUCGUGAAAAGACGUGGCAGGCCAAGAACGCCGCCGCGCCCUGGCCUCAGACCCUCCUCCCGUCUAGAGUCACCCACGCUCGAAUACUGACAUUUGGAUACGACGCCUACGUGGCUGACUGGCGAAGUGUGGUAUCAAAGAAUCGAAUUGGAAACCAUUCGAUGAAUCUACUCGCCGCCGUCGCGACGUACCGGGAAGAUGAUGACACUAACGACCGGCCCCUUAUCUUUGUUUGCCACAGUCUCGGCGGUCUGGUCUGCAAGGACGCCCUGUCGACAGCACAACAGAGACCGGAACGACAUCUAAAACAAGUUCUCCUGUGCACUCGAGGGAUCGUGUUUUUGGGCACUCCGCAUCAUGGCUCGGACCUCGCGCACUGGGCAGAGAAACUGGCCAAAGCCAUCGGUGUGCUCAAGCAGACGAACCCGGCGAUCUUGGCCGUCCUCAAGAGUGACUCGGAGGUUCUGGAGCGGGUGCAGGCCGGGUUUCACACGAUGAUUCGGUCUCGAGCCCAGGACCGGCUGCCGCCAAUCGAGAUUACGUGCUUCUUUGAAGAGUUACCCUUAUCUGGUGUCGGUACGGUGGUUCCGAAGGACUCAGCCAUCCUUCCCGGUUACAUUUCCAUCGGGAUACGGGCCAACCAUAUGGACAUGACCAAAUUUAGAAAUGUAGAUGACGCUGGUUUCACGGCAGUUGUGGGCGAGCUUCGCCGCUGGAUCAAGGAAUGGAUGCCACCGCGGGACGGUGGGUUGAGCUCUGCACGGCGCAAUGAGAACGGAGAAGACGACGGACGGCGAGUUCUUGGAAUAACCCAGGGCGGCUCGCACUUUGAAGGGCCGUCUUUUGUCCACGGAGGCACAUUGUUCCAGGGAAACUAUAUCGGACGGAAUGGUGGACCGUUCUAA